CAAGGCUGUGCUUUACCUAUCAAAGCUCUGCCAGGGCAGUAAAGGCCCCUGCAUUCAGUUCAACGGCUCGUGGCUGACACCGAACGAGUUCCAGUACGUGAGCGGACGAGAGACGGCCAAGGACUGGAAGCGCUCUAUCAGACACAAUGGCAAGAGCAUGAAGCUGCUGCUAGCAAAGGGUAUCCUGUCGACACAUCCGCCCCUGUGCGACUGUGAGGGGUGCCGAGUGAGCUCGCCGGUCAACAGGGGAAGGCUGGCGGAGAAGAGAGCUGCCCAGGCGCAGUCAGAGCCACGUGAAGGGGAUCAGACAAUGAUGAGAUGCGGCGAGGAGGCGCUCACGGUGCCUGAAGCUGGUCGCCUGAAGCACUGCACCGCCCCGCCAACCAUCGGCAGCCACAGAUUAGCUAGCAUCAUCGAUCACUUGCGAACGAGCCAACAGAAGCAGAUCUACCAGUCGCACUGCAGCGCCCAGGAUCAUCCGUUGAAUCUUGCAGUGACAGCAGCUGGCUCGAAGGACGGCGAGAAGUACUUCAGGAAAGACGAUAGCGACGAGAGCGCCGCCCUGCGGGCCAUCGAAGAAGGAACGUCGCGACCCGUCGAGUCGCGGCUGACGAUCAAGAACAUAACGGAAACGGUCGGCGGCGACGACAACGACGACGAUGCUUCGAAAUGCGCGUCGCCCGAACAACCAAAGAAUGCGGACUCGGACGUCGGCGAGCAGAGCGAAAUCGACGUCGGCGAGAACGCGUCGUCGGCGCAGAACAUGUCGGACGUCGAGACGGCCAGCGUCAAGUCGGAACGCGACGUGAAGGUCGAGCAGCGGUCGCCGCCGGCGACGACUCCAGUGACGACGGACGCUGGCGCCGAGCGGCUACCCUGCAAGCCGACGCCGAUCUUCCACAGGGAGUACAGCGGCGAGCCGCCGCGCUACCACUUACCCGCCGAGCACGCUGCCCCGUCGGCCGUGGCGCGGCCGCCCUGGGUACCCCCAUUCGCCUACACGAGCCUGUUUCCGACGGGAGACCCGCAGCGGAAGGCGUCGCGCCCCGGGAUGCUAGGCUAUGACAGCUAUAGCGACAUCGCGCUGAGCCGUGAGGCGGAGUACGUCAGACGCAACUACAGCGAAUUCAUGCGAAACCUGGCGGCCAAGUACAACAACAGCCCGGCUGACAGGUAUGAAUUAUAA